GGCAGCCGGCCCUGCGCCGCUCUGGCCGCCGUUCCCCCCCGCCCCUCGCUGUUCCGCCGGUGCAUUGUGGGAUACUGGCGGCGCGGCUCGGCAGCGCCCCCUCCCUCCCUCUCCCCGCUCCCCCCUCUUUCCCCUCAGCGCCUUCUCCAUCCUCAGGUCCAAGAUGGCGGCGGCGGCGGCGGCUCCUCCGGCCCCAUCUCCGCCUGCCCCUCCUCCGGCGGGCCCGUGCUGCCCCGGCUCCUGGCCUAACUUCGCCGUCGUCUGCUCCUUCCUCGAGCGCUACGGGGCUUUACUGGACCUGCCCGAGCUGCCUUUCCCCGAGCUGGAGCGCGUCCUGCAGCCGCCGCAGGAGCCUGGAGAUCAGGUUCCAAAAGAAUUGGUGGAGCUUCACUUGAAACUGAUGAGAAAGAUUGGCAAGUCUGUCACAGCAGACAGAUGGGAAAAAUAUUUGAUCAAGAUAUGCCAAGAAUUCAACAGCACGUGGGCUUGGGAGAUGGAAAAGAAAGGAUACCUGGAAAUGAGCGUUGAAUGCAAACUGGGGAUUCUGAAGUAUCUCUGUGAAUGUCAGUUUGAUGAUAACCUCAAGUUCAAGAAUAUCAUUAAUGAGGAGGAUGCUGAUGCCAUGCGCCUUCAGCCCAUCGGUCGUGACAAGGAUGGCCUCAUGUACUGGUAUCAGCUGGAUCAAGAGCAUAACGUCAGGAUGUACAUAGAAGAGCAGGAUGACCAGGAUGGAUCCACUUGGAAGUGCAUUGUUAGGAACCGCAAUGAGCUCGCUGAGACCCUGGAGCUGCUGAAGGCACAGAUUGAUCCUGCCCUGUUGAAACCCAGCAAUGCUCAGCAGGAGAAUUCAUCCCGUGAAAGCCCCAGCAUAGAAGAUGAAGACACCAAAAAGGGUGCAGAAGCAUCUACACAAGAAAAUCAAGUGAAAAUCAAAGAAGAGAAAGAAGAGGUAGAGGAACAGGUGAUGGAAUCAGAAACACUCCCUCUUCCUGCGCUCAAAGAAGAUGAAAACACCCUGAAAAUGGAGAAAGUGGAAGAAAAAGAAAUCAUCAAGUUGCCAGUAAUAGUAAAAUUAGAGAAGGCUUCAGAAUACGCUGAAGAAAAGCAAACUGUCAAAGAGGAAAGUGACUCCUUCAAAGAAAACGUCAAGCCCGUUAAAGCCGAGGUGAAGGAGAACAAAAUAGAGUCAAAAGACUUAAAAGAAGUCAAAAGCUGCACGGAUAAAAUGGCAGUGCACGAGCCUGAGAGGUUAGAAUUUUGUGUUAAUGUCAAAACUCCCCAAGAAAUAGUGGAGAAGUCAGUGGAAGACAGUGAGAAGCUGAAAAAUGACCAGCAGGCCAAAAUACCGCUUAAGAAGCGAGAGAUCAAGCUGACGGAUGACUAUGACAGUCCAAUCAAGGGGCCUCUGUGUAAGUGUGUGACUCCAACAAAGGAUGUCUUGAAGGAAGAAGGGAAACCUGAAGAAGAAGCUUUUAAGAGAGUCCCUACAAUCACUGCUUUAUGUCCUGAUGGGAAAGUGCUGGUGAAUGGAGAGGUGAGCUGCGAAAAGCUAACCCCAAGCGUCAUACAGAAUAACAAGCCGGAGCACUCUGCUGGUGCAAAGGAAGAGAGCAGCUCCUUGAAGGAGAAAAAUGGGAAGAGUGGGGAAAAGGGGUCAGAGUCCCUGAACUCUGUUAGUAGAAUCAUCAAAGCGGGUGAGGUGGAGAAGAACGCAGUGGCUGUGCCGAAGGAGAUCGGGGCUGCGGGCUCCGAGGCUUCUAAUCAGAAAGUGCCUUUAAAGGAGGAAUCGAGUCCUGCGGAGAAGGAGCCCCCUGACAGCACAGCCACUGACGUGGUAGUGGAAGAGCCUUUGAACCCUGAAGCCUGUGCCAAACCAAGUGAAGAGAAACCAGCCACAAACAUCAAGCAGGAGAGACUCUCGCCACCCAAAGAAUGCUUAGAGAAGGUAGAGAAGUCCCCACCUGCAUCUGCUGCUGCAGAGCUGCCCAACCCAGCACUGACUGAUGAAGAGCCUUUGAAAGGGAAAGGUGAGUCUGAGGAGAGAGCUGCCUCUCCAAAAGCUGCUGCCACACCCCCUGCGCCUGCUUCUCCUGCUGCUUUAGAGAGCUCUGGUUUGGAAAAGGAGGGCUCUGAAAGUAAAACGCCUCAACCUGAGCAGAGCAAAGAGGAAAGAUCCAGCCCUGAAAAACAAGAGGAGGAGCCAGAAGCUGCCAAGCCAGAGCCACAUAGAUCAGAUGAUGCCCAUGCUUCGAGUCUAGAAGACUCCUCGGAGAGUAAAAAGGAUGCUCCAGUUCCUAAAAGCAAGUUUAAAUAUAAGCUAGUGUCUGAAGAAGAAAGCUGCGCGACAGAUAACAAAGAAAUCACUUCUGAAAGGCAGAAAGAAGGGAUUAAAUUAACCAUCAGGAUCUCCAGUCGGAAGAGGAAGGCAGAAACGCCGCCAGAAGAGGUCAGCAUUGGCCGCACGUUGAGGAGAUCUCCAAGGAUAUCCAAGCCCACUCCAAAGGUUGUGGAGACUCGGGAUCAGAAAACGGACAAAAAGCGACAGGAGGAGGAGGAGGAGAAACCUGCAGCAGCACAAAAACCGGAACGGAAAGAAGAUGCAAAGAAACAAGAGAAGGAAUCAAAUUCCAAGGUUAACAAGAGAAGCAAAGUUCGGUGGACGGGUACGAGGACACGCGGCCGGUGGAAAUACUCAAGCAACGAUGAAAGCGAGGCCUCAGAGAGUGAAAAAAACUCGGAGGAGGAGGAGGAAGAGGAAGAGGAGGAGGAAGAAGAAGCUGCCCCUGCUGAUGACGAUGAGCCGUGCAAGAAGUGUGGCCUUCCCAAUCACCCUGAGCUGAUUUUGUUGUGUGACUCCUGUGACAGUGGGUACCACACAGCCUGCCUUCGCCCUCCCUUGAUGAUCAUCCCUGAUGGAGAGUGGUUCUGCCCACCCUGCCAGCAUAAAUUACUCUGUGAGAAGUUGGAAGAACAAUUACAAGAUCUGGACGUGGUCUUAAAGAAGAAGGAGCGUGCAGAGCGCAGGAAAGAGCGGUUGGUCUACGUGGGGAUCAGUAUUGAGAACAUCAUCCCACCUCAGGAGCCAGAAAUACCCGAAGGUCACGAAGAGAAGAAGAAAGAUUCCAAAAAGCCCAAAUCAAAGCUGCUUGAAAGGAGAUCCACCCGAACCCGCAAGUGCAUAAGCUACAGGUUUGAUGAAUUUGAUGAGGCAAUUGAUGAAGCCAUUGAAGAUGAUAUCAAGGAGGCUGACGGAGGAGGUAUUGGCAGAGGCAAAGACAUGUCCAAUAUCACAGGUCACCGUGGAAAAGACAUUUCCACAAUCCUAGAGGAGGAAAGGAAAGAAAACAAGCGACCACAAAGGGCUGCUGUGGCACGGCGCAAGAAACGACGGCGACUGAAUGACCUGGACAGCGACAGCAACCUGGAUGAGGAGGAGAGUGAAGAGGAAUUCAAGAUCAGUGAUGGAUCUCAGGACGAGUUUGUUAUAUCAGAGGAGAACCUGGAUGAGAGUGAAGAUGACCCCCCGUCAAACGAAGACAGCGAUUCCGAGUUCUGUGCCCGCAUCUCCAGGCGACACCUCUCCAGGCCCAUGAGGCAAAGCAGGAGGUUACGAAGGAAAACAGUCAAGAAAAAAUACUCUGAAGAUGAUGAAGAUGAAGAUUCUGAGGAGAAUUCAAGCAGAGAAUCUGAGAGCGGUGAUUACACAGAUUACAGCGACGAUGAUUACCUGGAAACCAGGAGGAGAAGAUCACGACGGAAUCAGAAGAGACAAGUCAAUUAUAAGGAGGAUUCUGAAAGUGAUGGCUCACAGAAGAGUGUCCGAUACGGGAAGGAGUUAAGGAGAGUCCAUAAACGCCGGCUCUCCACUUCGGACAGUGAAGAGAGCUACACAUCGAAGAACUCUGAAGAUGACGAAUCCACAAAGGAGUCCAAGCGAUUGAUCCGGAAGCGCCGGCGAAGUACAGACGACUACAGUGAGGAGGAAGGGGAGGAGGAGGAGGAGGACGAGGGGCGGCCUGUCCGCAAACGGCUCAACCGGAUCGAAACGGACGAGGAAGACACCCUUGAAAACACCAACGAUGACACCGAGAAACCUGCUCCUGCGAACAAGCUGCCAGCAGCACAGGCUCCUCAAGACAACAGCAAGAAGCACUGCUACCGGAUAGAGAGCGACGACGAAGAUGACUUUGAUAACGUAGGGAAAGUAGAGAGCCCUUUGGACUACAGCCUGGUGGAUUUGCCUUCCACCAACGGACAGAGCCCAGGGAAAACCAUUGAGAACUUGAUUGGGAAGCCAGCUGAGAAGACCCAAGCCCCCAAGGACAGCACAGCCAGCGCCAGCCUGGCGCCCAACGGCACGGGGAGCGGGCAGGAGGCGGUAGGGCCGGAGGAAGAUGAAGAUGAACUCUUGCGAGUGACUGACCUUGUUGAUUACGUCUGUAACAGUGAACAGUUAUAAGACUUCCAUUUUUUGUGCUAAUUUAUUCCACGGUAGCUCAUACCAGCGGGCCAGUUCUUAAAAGCUCUUUUAUUUUUCCUAGAAAACUCGCCACUACAGUAUCACUUUUUAGAAGCAAGAAUUUCACCAGUCCUGCAGUCUUUCUGUGAAGUGACCAGUUUUGAACUCUGAAGAUGAAUUGCUGUAAAGUCCCUCUCUCUUUACCCCUUCCUCCCCUUUCUCCUUCCAAGUCCAUGGUCCUGGGUAAUUUCACUCACAAAAACCUUAUAACAACAAGAGAUUUGUAUAUUUUUGACUUUA